UUGCCAUAAAUUAAAUCUUCACCGAUACAUCAUCUCAUCAUCGAUUGACACAUCUAUUUACAUUUUGAAACGCAUAUUAGUUUAUUAGUUUUCAAAACAACUAUCAUCAUUUUUGUAUCGAAAAGUUCGUAAAAUAUUUUGUUUCUGUCAUUUUUUUUUGUUUUGAAAAUUAUUCAAAUGGUCUAUUCGAAUUCAUAUUGUUCAUCUUCAUCAUCAUUACAAUUAUCAUCCAUUAUUAUAAAAUAUCAGGCUGAAUUGAAUAAUUUUCGAAAGAAACCAAAAUGGCAUUGCCAUUUCGAUAUAACAGUUCAUCCUAAAAGUGUACGAAAAAACUGUGUCACCUUGUUUUGUUUUGUAUGAUUGUCCUUCAAAUUCUAUCAACUAUAUCUUCAACUCAUUUGUUUUGUGCUUAUUAUUAUUAUUAUUAUUUGUUUAUUUUCUCGACGAUUAUACUUGACGUUGGCUCUUCGUUCGAUUCAAAACAAUACUUAAUUCUCUAAUCAUUGACGCAUUUAAUAUUAAUAAGAUGAAGUUUUUGGAACAUUCUCAUUUCGAAGCUCUUAAUUCAGCAUUGAAUUUUGAUGCUGGCGUAUAUCAGAUUGUUGGAAGACUGGAAAGUUAUUCAUGUAAAUUGGUGGCCAGUGAAAAACGUCUCUUCAAGUUGAUGAAUGCUGCCGAUGGUCUUAGUCCGAAUGAUUUAGAAGUACUUUCACCACCGGAAUCUGGAUCUUUUAACAGCAGAUUCGAUUCAUUCACCGAUUCAGAAUUUCAAUACACACCAGCAUCGAUGAUCAGCCGAAAAACUUUAUUCUAUUUGAUUGCUACAUUGAACGCUUCAUUCAAUCCGGAUUAUGAUUUCAGUAAUUGCCGUGCUGAAGAAUUUAGCCGUGAACCAAGUGUAAAGCAUGUAAUGGAUGCUGUGGAUUCGACAUUUUUCAGUUCAUCGGCAAGACAAGAAUACAAUGAAAUGAAAUCACAGCUUUGGUCGGCAAUCGAUAGUCAUAUUAGUCUAUCAGAUUGUGAAAUCUAUCGUUUUAAUUCGGAUUCAAAUUUCGAUCCAUGGGAUGAUUGUUCCAUAUGGGCUUAUUAUUAUUUUUUCUAUUCGAAAAAACUUAAACGAAUCGUAUUCUUUACCUAUCGUGCUGUUCGGAAUGACGAUCAUGCCAAUCAGCCAGAUGACAUGUUUAACGACACUGGAUACACAUCGUUCGAUAUUGAAAUAAUAUAAAGCCACGAAUAUUGGCCAUAAAUUUUCAUCAUUGUCAAAUAAACACAUAACCACACUUACACCAAGCAGAUAGAUAUGAAUACAUUGAAUUUCAUACAUAGUGAAAAACUAUGAAAAAAAACCUAACACACACGCCUCUUAUAUGAAAAAAAAACCAGGAAAAGAAAAAAAUAUCUAAAUUCUUUUACAAAUCAUAGAAAUUUGAUCUCAUCCAACCCACAUACAAAUACAUCACCUUCUCUUCGUUUCGUUCUCUAUCAUCAUUUUCACAAUUCCUAUGGUUAUGUGUGUAUAUUUUGACUUUGGUCACCUUAUAAUAAUAAUAAUAUAUACGUUAUCUCGAUUUGCUCCACUCUCAUCUAUUUGUACGAUGAGUAUAAUCAAUCACUUGAUAACUGGAAAUAUACCUCUUUUAUUUUAUUUUUUUUUUCCUGUUUGUUUCCAAUCACAGUAUAUGAAUACAUUUGAUAUGCAAACACAUUAAAAUUAAUAUUCUCAUGAAUAAUAAUAUAAAUGUGAAUGAAAUAAUAUGGAAAUACAUAACUCUUUUUUCUGUUU